GCCUUACUCCGUACCCCUCUACCAAUACCCAUGCGAUCUCCCCUAUGUCAAUUUCUCACGAAGAAGGCGACGUCGACACUGUAGCGUACGAAACAACCUUUAAUCUCUGUGAUUCGCAUCCACUACGGGGAUCAUCCCGCCACCUUUCGAGCUCCAGUACACCGUCCCUAUACCCAACAAACGACAUGAGCACCACCGCUAGCAUCAGCAACGUCUGGUGUGUACCGUAUCGAACGGAUACUUCCCUAACCAGCGCUUAUAUGGACUCGACCUCCAUUUCUAGUAACGCGGAUACGAUAUCUCAUAUCCAGAACAAUAACCCAACCCUAGGCAGAUAUGGGGCACCCGUGACAUAUUCGCCGCCGGCGUUAGACAUACCGGACAACGAUGGCGAUAGGACAUGGACGAGUAGCGUAUCUAGCCAGUUACAAAGCCCAUAUACACAGUAUGAAGGAACUCAACCGGGGUUUAACGGCUCUGGCGAUCCCCUAAAUGGACGACGUUGGUCGACGGAAAACAACCAAGGUUCUAUCGUUUGGUAAGUCUGAUGGCAUAUCGGUGAUGAUACUGACUAACUCUUGAGAGGGACUCGGCCAGUCAGGCCACGCAAGAAGAUGAUGCCACAAGACGGUACGAGAAUGGGAACGGCCUCGAAGACAAUAACUUGCAGAGAAAUGUCAUUGACGGUUAUAUGAAACUCGAAGGACCGUGGGCUUAUGAGUACAACAUGUGGUCUAGAUAAAACAGUCCCACAAACAGAUACCCCUUUAUUAGGGGGGGAAUGGGCUCAAUGUAAGGAAGUACGAGCUUCCACGCAGUAGAUGUAACGAUCUAUCCGUGAGAGCCAGGGCAACGAGGUAGACGGCUCGGUUCUAGAGUUCCUAUGGUAGAUGAGUUGCCAUGGUUAUGUUACAGGACUAAACGGUGUCGUGUAACUAGAUUGGGGAAUCGAAAAUUGCUGUGAGG